GAAAAAGAAAAACAUCUGACAGCAGGCCACGAUGGGACUUUGGGAGCAUCGGUGCGUGUGAACGAAAGAGCUGAGCGUGCGCGUGCCGGUGUGUUUUGUACGUGCGCUUGAAUUCUUUCGAACCGGACCUGUGAGGGAUGUCGGGCCGAAGUGGAGCAGCUCCUCGCGGGUGCAGCAACCCCAACUUGCCGCCGCUGCCACUCCGGGCCACGGUGCCUUACCAGCUGCUCCUCAAGACGGCAGAGCGGACCUUUGCCCGCCCGCCCAAGCCCACCAUGCGGCGGACCCUCUCUUUGGAUGCAAUCCUUGCGCCGUACCUGCAGGGGCAAUGGCCCAAAGAACCCACAGAGGGCCUGGCGGGGAGCUGUGUCAGCGAUAAGGCCACACAGACGCCAUCUUGUUGGGCGGAGGAGAAGCAGGCCAGGAGAAGUUUCGGUGGUCACAAGCGCUCAGCAUCGUGGGGCAGCGCCGAGCACCUGAAGGAGGUGGCCAAGCUGAGGCAGCAGCUACAGAAGCGAUCCCGCCAUGCCGCUCCCUCCGCUCCAGGGUACGAACCGUCGCACCACCCGCUGACCGCGGGCGCCACCCAGACAUCGCCUCUGGUGCCGCUGAGCAGACUGACCUCGCGCCUGCGGCGCAGCGUCGAGGGCCUCAACUUGGAGCUGGAGGAGGUGUUUGUGUCAGAAAAACGGGACGAAGAGAAUGAGCUUUUGGACAUCCCGGACGGUCACAGGGCUCCCGCUCCGGUCCAGAGGUGCAGCAGUGGUUCCCAGAGCGAGUCGUCGCCAGGGCCCUUGGAUCUUUCCCUGCUGUCUCCUUCUCAAUCACCGUGUCCCUUGGACCCUGCCUUGCUGUCUCCGUCCACCUCGCCCUGUCCUUUGAACCCUUCGCUCUUCUCCACUGCCCAGUCACAAGAGUCGACCACUCGAGAGGUCUUUUGUCCGUCUCCUUCCACGCUUUUGCCUUCAUAUGCAGUGGAUCCUCCCGCGUUGCCACUCUGCUCGUUGCCUCCCUCCUCGCCACCGCUGCGGCUGCCAUGUCCCGACCAAAGCUUUUCCUUUCAGCGACAGCCACCAGAAGGCUGUGAACCGCUUCAAGUGUGCCAGGACACAAUGUCCGCAAGUCCGGAGGAGGCUUUCCACCUCCAGCCGUCCUGCCCCGACCUCAACAAGGUGAACUUCACACCACACGGAGGCUCUGCUUUCUGCCGCGUCAGCGUCCUCAAGCCCCUCCUGCCCUCCAUGGACCUACUCUUCCGCGGCCUGUCCGUCUCGCCCGUCACUAGCUGCCCGGCGGGCCAGGCGUCUCCCACCAGGCAGCUAGGCAUGCAGUGAGGGUGACGACCACCUCGCUGGACUAAAUUCCUCUGGGUUUACUCCGGGCUUUACUGCCUCGUCACAGUAGCCUUGAUCACACGGACUUGUGGAUGAAUACCAACUUGCUUUGUGACUUUUUACUGUAAUAUGAUCAAGCUCAUUGUUCUUGACUAGCUACUUUUCUACCACUUCCUUACCAAGAACAUUUAAAGUAUAUUUUUGUAGCUUUUGUGGUGAUGUUAUUUGUAUCAGGCAGGAGAAAUCAACUCAUUUCUAGGUUUAUAGUGCGUUCAACAUUAUAAACAGGAAACUUUCAUUUCCUACAGAGGGUUUCUUUCUAAUCAAAACAUUGCAAAUGCAAGAUUGUUAAAUUGAAUUGAUAUUUAUGUAUAAUUUGUUUCCCAUUUAACCCACGACAGCCAUGCUUCAAUAUUGUGACAAGAAAACGUUCCAUUUUAUUCUCA